CGCUUGGUCUGGCUGCCUACUGGCUCAGAGAGAGAGAGAGAGAGAGAGGGGGAGUGGGAGGCAGGUGUAAGGCGCAAACAGAGUGAGAGAGACUGAGAAAUCAAAUGUGGAAGGAAACAAGAUGAAGGGAAGAGAAGAAAGGAGAGCUGCCUCUUGUAAACCACGCUGAGAGGAACAGAGAGAAAGGCAACAAGGAAGAAAGCAGCGCCUCUUACACGGUUUUGAGCAGAGGGAGGGAGGAAGGAAGACGGUGGAGGACUCUGAUGCCUCUCUCCAGAGCUGCCUGAACCACACCAGGUGAGGAGAGAAGCAACAGAGAGGAAGAAAAGAAAUACCUCCCAAAGUAGCUGGAAGAGAGGACAGACAAAGAGGAGACAAGAGGGAGAGAGGAAGAAAUGAAGAAGAUGGGAGAGUGGAAAGCAAGCAAAGGUCCCUGGUUACUCAGGUUCACAUGACUGUAUGGACCUGAGCCCAGCCAGCGUUACUGCAAGAUGAUGUCAAAGAACCAGUGUGUGAGGGUGGAGUGUUAAUGUACAAGUGAUGGAUGUCUGUUUGAACAAACUAAGGCUGCUCCUCAAAACUCAGUGGAAGUACAUGGUGUCACUGUGUGUGUGUGUGUGUCUGUCAGUGUGAGAACAGCUGACCGACCAGCUGUUUUAAGAGGUAAACAGGGUCAGGUGCCCACAGAGGAGCAAAGUGGGAAGAGAUGCUCACAUGAGCUGGUGCAUGCACGGAGAGUUACGCGCACAAGGCUGCACAGCCUGCACAGAAGCUUCAGUCCAACCAUCUCAGGUGCAGUUAAGGCUGUGAGUGCGAGUGUUUUUGAAGCAGACACAAAAAAGAAGACAGUGAGAUCACAGUGAGGAGUCACUGAACUUCUUCGGGGUUUUGACUCCUCUUUGACAUCAAACCGAUCACCUGAAACUGCUCCCUACCUCAUCUUACCUCAACAAGUGGACUUGAAGACUCUUAUUAACACCAGUACUGUUACUCCUGCUGACUAGAAGUGGGGUCAGCCCUGAUUUUCUGUGCCCAGUGGAUGCCUCUUCACUCCAACCAUGGGUGAAUGGACCAUCCUAGAGCGCCUCCUAGAGGCCGCAGUGCAGCAGCACUCUACUAUGAUUGGAAGGAUCCUGCUGACAGUGGUGGUGAUCUUCCGUAUCCUAAUCGUGGCCAUUGUAGGGGAGACGGUGUACGAAGACGAGCAGACCAUGUUCAUUUGUAAUACGCUGCAGCCGGGCUGCAAUCAGGCCUGCUAUGACAAAGCCUUCCCCAUUUCCCACAUCCGCUACUGGGUCUUCCAGAUCAUACUGGUGUGCACUCCCAGUCUCUGCUUCAUCACCUACUCCGUCCAUCAAUCAGCGAAGCAGAGGGAAAGGCGCUACUCUUUUCUCUAUCCCAUAAUGGAGAGGGACUAUGGGGGUAGGGACGGGGCGCGAAAGCUCCGCAACAUUAAUGGGAUUCUAGUUCAGCAUGGUGGUGAUGGAGGAGGAGGGAAGGAAGAACCCGACUGCCUAGAGGUGAAGGAGAUCCCCAAUGCCCCACGGGGCCUCACCCAUGGGAAGAGCUCCAAGGUUCGCCGGCAAGAAGGGAUCUCCCGCUUCUAUAUCAUUCAGGUGGUGUUCAGAAACGCACUGGAGAUUGGCUUCUUAGCGGGCCAGUACUUCCUUUAUGGCUUCAGUGUGCCUGGGAUUUUUGAGUGUGACCGUUACCCAUGUCUGAAGGAGGUGGAAUGCUAUGUGUCCCGGCCCACAGAAAAAACAGUGUUCCUGGUUUUCAUGUUUGCGGUGAGCGGAAUCUGUGUGGUGCUCAACCUGGCCGAGCUCAACCAUUUAGGUUGGCGCAAGAUUAAAGCUGCCAUCAGGGGCGUUCAGGCCCGCAGGAAGUCUAUUUGUGAAAUCAGGAAGAAGGACAUGGCACAUUUGUCCCAGCCACCCAACCUGGGGCGCACACAGUCCAGUGAAUCAGCCUACGUCUGACCAUGAGGAGAAGAAAAAGAAGAGGGGUGGGAUGAAUGUGCAAGAGAGAGGAUAAAUUAAUUAUAAUUUUAAUUUAAUGAAAAUGCUGUGGAGGUCAAACAAGGUGACAUCUUCUCUGUGAUGAUGAAAUGAAACAGAAUGUAAAAAGACCAAACCAGCUCCAGCUGUACAACUUUAAGAAUUAAGAACAAAUAGAAGAAAAAGAAAAAUGACAAAGCAUAGAAGACAAUAAAAAGUUCUCUUUCUCAAAUGAACAUGAUGAUCUACGUCUCACAGGGAAAUAUUCCAACUGCCAUUUUAUACUCUUGUCUUUUAUAACUAAUUGCAUUCUUCUCUGCCCUUCGUUCCUUUUGAUGGGAGGUACACAAUCUAUAAGGGGGGGAAGAGGGCAGCACUAGAGAAGAGGGGAAAAGAAGAGAUUAGACAAGAGACUGUUUUGUGUUUUGGGGGGAUAUUGGAAGAUGACAGCGGUGUUAGACGCAUCUCACGGUGCUUUUCAUCUGGAUUGUGUCAGCCUCAGUGAAAAAAGGGAAGACAGGACAGGGAGGAUGAGCAGCAACAUCAAUAAAAGAGGAAAGGAAGAACAGUCAAAGCCAUGACAGAAAGAGAAUGAAGGCGAGCAUGAAAAAUAGUAGGAGGCAGACAUCACACUCUGGGAAAACAUAUGAAACAAUUGAGGACUGAGAGAAGAGAGCGGACAUUUUUCUUUUGCUUCCUCUCCUUGCCGGAGACUCGAGGUAGACUGAAGCCAAGAGGGAAGGAGCUGCCUCUGAUCAAUGUCAGCAUCGCCUCCACUGGAAUGUCAUCACGAGCCAAAACCAAGUGAAGAAGACUGAUGAUGUUUAUGUUUUGUCUCUUGGCAAAAGAUAAUUUUAACACAAACACAUCAAGUACCAUAAACACUUUUUUUUCCUCUCCUCUAUCUCUCGCUCUCUCAGCUACACAGAUGUGAUGACCCUCACUGCUCUCCUGCUACGUAAAUGUUGGAGAAGGACCAGUGAACAAAUGAACAAACAGUGUGUAAACAUCAGUGUCUCCUGAAGCAAAAGCCAAACUUCCCUCAUUCCAACAUUCCCGUUUGCUGAUGGAUGACGUAGAAACAGAAAGGGGAGGAGAAAGACGACAGGAGCUUGUAGAGAGAGGAAGAUAAUUUUAUCACAACUAAUUUUAUAAAAUAUAUCACCAAGAGUUAUAAAUUUUUUUGAGAAAGCAAUGGUGCCAUCCAUGAAAAGUUAUGUAAAGUAUAUCAGCGUAAUGUUAUGUAGAAUAUAGCCAAAUAGAUUUAUUUAUCUUGUGAGCAGGUUGGUUGGGACAUGAUGUUGCUGUUUUUUUAAAUGUGUAAAUUGUCUGUACUUUUUUUUUUUU